CUAAAAUAGCGGAAAGAUAAGAUGAAUUGUUCAUCAUAAGAGAUGCCAAAUUUAAUGCAUCUACUGAAAACUUGUGCUUCAUUAAGUUCUUUUGAGUGUGAUUCAAAUCAUUCCACUAAGAGAUUUGGAUUUGGAGAUGAGUUGCUAUUAUUGAGUCCUACAAGAAGUUAACAAUUAUCAAAUCCAAAUAAAAAAAUAGUUAUUGGAGAUGAUUCUUGGUUAAGAAGAGGAGUGUCUAUUUCAAGUGAAACUAGCAGUCCCGAAAGAUAAUUUGAAAGAUAAGAAUUUUUUAGUUCAUUCAGAGUUCCUGUUAACUUUUAUGAAGAUCCUGAGGGAUUGAAUAGAUUAUAACAUUUUGAAAAGGAUGCUGUUAAUUAUAUAACCCCUGAAACUUUAGUAAAAUUGAGUAAUUUAUAAUUUAGUAUAAAAAUGUUAAUGAUAUAACAUUGUUUGAUUGUCGUUAUAAAUUUGAGUUUGAGGGUGGUCACAUUCAAGGGGCAACUCAUCUUUGUAAUCCUUUCGAAAUAGAUUCUAUAUUUUUUAAGUAAAUUCCUACCAUUAAACCAGUUAUUGUUUUGUAUUGCGAAUUCUCUGAAAAGAGAAGUGUUUAAAUGUAAUAAUAUCCAUGUCAUUCUUAUUAGUUAUAAAUAAAUAAGAAAUACGGAUCGAAAUCUUAAUGAUUAUCCAAAUCUUCAUUAUCCUGACUUAUAUAUACUAAAUCAAGGAUUUUCAAAUUAUUGUCUACAAUAUCCAUAAUAAGUGGAGGGAAAGUACAUUCGAAUGGAUUCAAAAGAAUACUCUACCUAAUUUAAAGAAUAAAAAUCAUAGACUGACAAUCAAUGGAAUUCAUUAAAAUUGAAAAAAAGAUUAUAAAAAAUUAAUAUAUGA